GUCGUCGCGCGCGUGCUCGAGGGCUUCCACGGCUGCGUCAUGGCCUACGGCGCGACGGGCAGCGGCAAGACGCACUCCGUCUGCGCGGGCCGCGACGGCCUCCUCGCGCGGGCCUGCGCCGCGCUCUUCGGCGGCCUCGGCGGCGCGCCGGCCACGGUCGCGGCGACGUGCGUCGAGCUCUACCUCGACGGCAUCCGCGACCUGCUCGCGGCGCCGGACGACGAGAACCGGGCCGCGGCGCUGAGCCCCGCGCGGGGCAACUCGCCGGCGCCGGCGCCGCGCAAGGCCGCGGCGCCGCGGCGGCCCGCGAUCCGCGAGGACCCGGCGCGCGGCGUCUUCCUCGAGGGCGUCGAGCGCCGGGCGGUCGCGACCGCGGACGACGCGCUGCGGCUCUUCCGGGCCGGCGCGCGGCGCCGCGCCGCGCGGUCCACGGCGAAGAACGGCGCGAGCAGCCGGUCGCACGCCGUCUACACGCUCGAACUGUCGCGCGACGUCGGCGGCGCGACGGUCGCGUCGAAGCUCCACGUCGUCGACCUCGCCGGGUCCGAGCGCCUCGACGAGUCCCGGGCGAGCGGCGCGGGCGCGCGCGAGGCCGCGCGGAUCAACGCGUCGCUCUCCGCGCUCGGCAACGUCGUCGCGGCCCUCGAGAAGCGCCGCGCGCACGUGCCCUACCGCGACUCGAACCUCACGCGGCUCCUCCAGGACUCGCUCGGCGGCAGCUCCUACACGGCCGUGCUCUGCUGCGUCCACCCCGGCGCCGGCGAGGCCGCGAACGCGACGGCGGCGCUCCGCUUCGCGUCGCGCCUCCGGAGCGUGACGACGAAGCCCCGGAAGAACGUCGACCCCAAGGACGCG